AUGAUUUUAUGUAACUGCAUACUUAUCAGCAAGGAAGGUUGCAUUUCCACCUAUGAUGUUUUAGAUGAAAUUACCAUUGAUGAUGACCAUGUCAAGAGCAUCAAGUACACAGUUUACUUUAACAAUGAGGAGGUUGAUGUGAAAUGCACCUGUGCGUUGUUUGAGAUGAGAGGAAUUGUCUGUAGACAUGCAUUGAACGUUUGUCAGAUGAAUAAGAUUCAUGCGCUACCGGAGAAGUAUGUCUUGGAUCGUUGGAGGAAGGAUUUAAAGAGAAGAUACACAAUGGUAAAAAGUAGCUACGACGACUUACGGCAAAAUGCAGAUUCAGGGAGGUAUGAGCUUGUGGUGAAACGAUGUUCCAAAUUAGCAACCCGUGUAUCGUCGAGUGAUGCCCAUGUUACUGCAUUUAUGCUCCACUUGGAUGAGUUUGAGAAUAAAUUUAAAGGAUUAACACAAGAGUCCGGUUCAACAAAAGUAGCAGAGACUGUGCAGACAGACAAAGGUAAGAAAAUAUUAAGCCCACAUGUUGUCCGAGGGAAAGGGAGGCCGCCAACAAAAAGGAAGGUCCCACCUGUGGAGAAGGCUGUGACUAGGCGAAAGAAUAAACAGAUACGUCGGAAAAUAUUUGACGAUACAUCCGAGCAAUGUGAGGUAUCGGAAGCUCUAGAAAGAGGUCAGAUACAAAGUGCAGGCAAGGAUGAUUUUGUUGUUCUAACACAAUGCAGUACUGUCGCACAACCAACGCCACCUGACAAUGAGUAG